UCGUUAAAAGUUUAGAUGCAGUGGCCUCACUGGCCCGCUACUCAGUAAAUUACUUUGACAAAGUAUUGGCAGCUUUGCACCCGCGCGCUGGAGGCAGAAAUCAAUUCAGCUGAUGCACGGCAUCAGAUUUAUAGGGGAGGGUGCUCUCUUCUUCUGCUUCAAAAAGCAAUUUUCUUGAGCUACAAUGGACUGUAUGUCUUGACAAUGAAACUAUUCAAUGGGUGAUAGGGCACCUGGUUCAAACUUCAGAAGAUAGGCCUUACCUGGAGACUGGUACAUAAUAUGUGUAGUGCUGGUAGAACUCCAUGGCCACUGCAUUAAAGAUGACAUCAUGACCAGGACAUCAAUCCCCCCUAAAAGCGAACAGUUACUUUGCUAUAUGCUGACUGACGUCAGGCAACGACUAGGCAGAACUUCAAGACUGGCCUACCACGGCGGUCUACGUAAAUUUGAUUCAAGUCCCAAUAUUUACACACAGUCAAUGUCCUUACAUUCUGUUAAUCGUUUGAGCUCCCAAUUUCCGAAAUAAUCUUUCAUCUCGACAUUGUUAUUUUGGUGGGCGAGCAGUUGUAUCAGUUUUCUAACUAUUAAAAAAAAAACAAUUAACAUCGUUCUUUACACUUCUAUAAAUACGUUCUUGUGUAGCCUAAAUAAAAACACGAUCAUUUACACCGCAAAUCACUAAACAUUAAAUAACAGAGAUUUCACGUCGCCGGUGGGACUGAAUUUCAACUUUAGUGAAAAUGGUCUAUAUGUAAUCUCACGUUGUGAACACUUCUUGGUUCUGUAAACGGCCCCAGCAAAAUUAAAUCCCCCGCGCUGCAGCUCAGAGUCCUGCGGCUCGUCCCCUUUCCGCGCUCCCGCUGAUUUAGACGUCAUUUCCAGGUGUCAGUAUGCUCGAAGCUGUUGAGGAUUAAGGAGAAUGUGAACGAGGUUGCAAGAAAACUAGUCCCGCGGAGAGAUCUGGACCACCGAACGGGAACCGGGAGAGCUGUCCGAAAUUCCUGGGAACUUGGAGCACCACGGUACAAAUGAUUACAUCUUAAGUCUGUCGACCAGGAUCGAAGAAAGUGGGUCUAUUUUUGUUGCGAAUUGAACGCGAACAUUAUAGAGUACGGUGUGCUAAGGAUUUUUUUUUUUUUUGGGUAACUGAAGCAAGAAUCUAGAAGGGACUACACAAAGACGAAACGCCGCUUGUGAAUUAUUGCGAGGAUGGACGGUGAGAUGCAGCGGGCCUUUGGUCGGAGCGCGAGCCGCGGUGUGUCCCCCCGAAGUCCGCCCGGCUCGGCGCUGCAAAGCCUGCUCUUGAUGAUCGCGGCUUUGGUCUUGCUUGGUCAGCCGUCCGCCGCGAAGGCGAAGGAAUGCGACAGAGUGUGUCUGAACGGGCAGUGCAACCCCGCCACCGGCAACUGUUUGUGCGAUCCCGGUUGGGCUGGGGAGCAGUGCCAACACUGCGGGGGACGAUUCAGACUGACUGGACCCUCCGGGUUUCUGACCGACGGCCCUGGGAACUACAAGUACAAGACCAAGUGCACCUGGUUAAUUGAAGGAGAGCCCAACACCAUCCUCAGGCUCAGGUUCAACCACUUUGCCACGGAGUGCAGCUGGGACCACCUGUACGUGUACGACGGGGACUCCAUCUACUCCCCCCUGCUGGCGGCGUUCAGUGGGCUCAUCGUCCCAGAGCGCUACACAAACGAGACGGUCCCGGAGGUGGUCUCAAAAUCCGGCUACGCCCUACUGCACUUCUUCAGCGACGCUGCCUACAACCUGACCGGCUUCAACGUCUCUUACAGGAUAAACUCAUGCCCCAAUAACUGCUCGGGACGCGGGGAGUGUCGGGUGGGCGGCACCGGCGAUUCGGUCUACUGCGAGUGCGAGGGCCAGUGGAAGGGGGAGGCGUGCGACGUCCCGUACUGCGUGUGGGACUGCGGGUACCCCGAGCGGGGCGUCUGCCAGCACAACGGCACCAAGGGCUGCCUGUGCCAACCGGGCUGGCAAGGUCCCGAUUGCUCCAUACCCGUCCCGGCGAACCGUUCGUUCUGGACCCGGGAGGAGUACUCGGUGCCGAGCCUGGCUCGGGCGUCCCACAAGGCCGUGGUGGACCGGGACGUCAUGUGGGUCAUCGGGGGGUACAUGUUCAACUACUCCGAGUACAACAUGGUGCAAGCGUAUAACGUGACCUCCCAGGAAUGGCUGACUCUCAACCGAUCCGUCAACUCCGUCACGGGACGUUAUGGCCACUCCCUGGCCCUGCAUGAGGGCAAGAUCUACAUGUACGGGGGCAAGAUCGACUCCACGGGCAACGUGACCAGCCAGCUGUGGGUGUUCCACGUGCACAACCAGUCCUGGGUCCUGGCGGGCCCGCGGGCCAAGGAGCAGUACGCGGUGGUGGGGCACUCCGCCCACGUGGUGCCGCUGGGCCAGGACGCCCCCGUCAUGCUGGUCAUCUUCGGCCACUGCCCCCUCUACGGGUACAUCAGCAAAGUGCAGGAGUACAACCUCGCCACCAACACCUGGCGCAUCCUGAAGACCAACGGGGCCCUGGUGCAGGGGGGGUACGGGCACAGCAGCGUGUACGACGCCAACACCCGCGCCAUCUACAUCCACGGCGGGUACAAGGCCUUCAGCGCCAACAAGUACGGCCUGGCCGACGACCUCUACAAGUACCAGGUGGACACCAACAUGUGGACGAUCCUGAAGGACAGCGGCUUUUUCCGCACCCUGCACAUGGCGGUGAUCGUGAGCGGCACCAUGCUGGUGUUCGGCGGGAACACCCACAACGACACGUCCAUGAGCCACGGGGCCAAGUGCUUCUCCUCCGACUUCAUGGCCUACGACCUGGCCUGCGACGAGUGGUCAGUGCUGCCCAGACCGGACCUCCACCAUGACGUCAACCGCUUUGGACAUUCGGCAGUCUACAGCAACAGUGUGAUGUACGUGUUUGGGGGCUUUAACAGCCUGCUCCUCAGUGACGUGCUCAUGUUCACUCCGGCGAGCUGCUCUGCGUUUUCGAGCGCGCCCUCCUGCCGCGCCGCCUGGCCCGGCAUCCGCUGCGUCUGGAACAGCAGCCUGGGGGCCUGCCUGCCCUGGGACGCCGCCACCCCCCAGGAGGAGCAGCAGCUGCUGGCCGCCUGCCCCCCGAAAGCAUACGCCGACAACGAGAAGUGCGACCAGUACACGGACUGCUACAGCUGCACCGCCAACACCAACGGCUGCCAGUGGUGCGCAGACCAGUGCGUGUCCGUGAGCAGCAACUGCACCGCCGUCACGGGUCCCAUCGCGGAGUACGAGACGUGCCCCAAGGACAACCCCGAGUACGUGUGCAACAAGAAGACCAGCUGCAAGAGCUGCGCCAUGGACCAGAACUGCCAAUGGGAGCCGCGCAACCAGGAGUGCAUCGCCCUGCCCGAGAACAUCUGCGGGGAGAGCUGGCACCUGGUGGGGAACUCGUGCCUGAAGUUCAUCACGGCGAAGGACUCGUACGACAACGCCAAGCUGACCUGCCGCAGCCACAACGCUGUGCUGGCCUCCCUCACCACGCAGAAGAAGGUGGAGUUCGUCCUGAAGGAGCUGCAGAUCAUGACCGUGCUGUACAAGGCCACGGUGACUCCGUGGGUGGGGCUGAGGAAGAUCAACAUCUCGUACUGGUGCUGGGAGGACAUGUCUCCCUUCACCAACACCUCCCUGCAGUGGCUCCCCGGGGAGCCCAGCGACGCCGGCUUCUGCAGCUACCUGGCCGAGCCCGCCUCCAGCGGCCUGCGGGCUGCCACCUGCGUCAACUCCGUCAACGGCAGCCUGUGCGAGCGCCCGGCCAAUCACAGCGCGAAGCAGUGCCGGACCCCCUGUGCGCUGCGGUCCACCUGCAGCGAGUGCACCAGCAGCAGCUCGGAGUGCAUGUGGUGCAGCAACAUGAAGCAGUGCGUGGACUCCAACGCCUAUGUGGCCUCCUUCCCCUUCGGACAGUGCAUGGAGUGGUACACCAUGAACAGCUGCCCACCGGAGAACUGCUCCGGCUACCGCACCUGUGGGCAGUGCCUGGACCAGCCGGGCUGCGGGUGGUGCACGGACCCCAGCAACACGGGGCGCGGCCAGUGCAUCGAGGGCUCGUCCCGCGGGCCCGUCCAGACCGCCAGCCCCUCCCUCUACCAGCAGCCCGCCCUCAACGCCACCAUGUGCCCCCUCGAGGACAAGUACAACUGGUCCUUCAUCCAGUGCCCCGCAUGCCAGUGCAACGGCCACAGCCGCUGCGUCAACGCGAGCGUGUGCGAGAAGUGUGAGGACCUGACCACCGGCAAGCACUGUGAGAACUGCGUCUCCGGUUACUACGGCGACCCCACCAACGGGGGCACCUGCCAGUCCUGCAAGUGUAACGGGCACGCGAGCAUGUGCAACACCAACAACGGCAAGUGCUUCUGCACCACCAAGGGCAUCAAGGGGGACCGCUGCCACCUGUGUGAGGUAGAGAACCGUUACCAGGGCAACCCCCUCAAAGGAACCUGCUACUACACUCUCCUGAUCGACUACCAGUUCACCUUCAGCCUGUCUCAGGAGGACGACCGCUAUUACACCGCCAUUAACUUCGUGGCCACGCCCGAGGAGCAAAACCGUGACCUGCACAUGUUCAUCAACGCUUCCAAGAACUUCAACCUCAACAUCACCUGGGCCAUCAGCUUUGCAGGUAAGGUGUGUGUGUGUGUGUGUGUGUGUGUAUGUGGAUGUGUGCAUCUGUGUUUGUGUGUGAGUGCACGUGCUUGUGUUUGUGUGUGUGUGUGCGUGCACAUGCGUGUGUGUGUGUGUAUGAGAGAAUGUGUGUUUGUGUGUGUGUGUGUGUGUGUGUGUGUGCGGAUGUGUGCAUCUGUGUUUGUGUGUGAGUGCACGUGCUUGUGUAUGUGUUUGUGUGUGUGGAUGUGUGCAUCUGUGUUUGUGUGUGCAUCUGUGUUUGUGUGUGCGUGCGUGCGUGUGUGCGUGCGUGUGUGCGUGCGUGCGUGCGUGCGUGCGUGCGUGCGUGCGUGCGUGCGUGCGUGUGUGUGUGCGUGUGUGUGUGCGUGCGGAUGAAUGUGUCUGAUUAUA